UUUUGAUUUCUGUCCAUCGCGUUCCCCUUUGGUUUCCCUUCCUGUUGUUGUUUUUCCAUCGCAGGUAGCCAUCAUGUCGAGCCUUGCCAGAUCUGCCAACCUCUUGCUGCGUUCCAGCCGCGCCUCUCUGCUGCGUCCGCGUGCUGUGAACCCUAUCCAGCAUGUCUUCGCCAAAGACAGAUUGGCUGCCCGGGGUCUGGCAACCGCUUUCGAGCGUACUAAGCCUCACGUCAACAUCGGUACCAUUGGUCACGUCGAUCACGGCAAGACCACUCUGAGUGCUGCCAUCACCAAGCAGCAGGCCAGCAAGGGCCUUGCGAACUUCCUCGACUAUGGCUCUAUCGACAAGGCCCCUGAGGAGCGCAAGCGUGGAAUCACCAUCUCCUCUGCUCACAUCGAGUACGCCACCGAGGCUCGCCACUACUCCCACGUCGACUGCCCUGGUCACGCCGAUUACAUCAAGAACAUGAUUACUGGUGCUGCCAACAUGGACGGUGCCAUUGUUGUCGUUGCUGCUUCUGACGGUCAGAUGCCCCAGACCCGUGAGCACUUGCUGCUCGCCCGUCAGGUCGGUGUCCAGAAGAUCGUUGUCUUCGUCAACAAGGUCGAUGCCGUCGAUGACCCGGAGAUGUUGGAGCUCGUCGAGCUGGAAAUGCGCGAGCUUCUCAGCCACUACGGCUUCGAGGGUGAGGAGACCCCCAUCAUCUUCGGCUCUGCCCUCUGCGCCAUCGAGGACAAGCGUCCCGAUAUCGGUGCCGAGAGAAUCGACCAGCUUCUCGAGGCUGUUGACACCUGGAUCCCCACCCCCCAACGUGACUUGGACAAGCCUUUCUUGAUGUCCGUUGAGGAAGUCUUCUCCAUCCCCGGUCGUGGUACUGUCGUUUCCGGCCGUGUCGAGCGUGGUCUCCUGAAGAAGGAUAGCGAAGUCGAGAUCGUCGGUACCUCCAACGAGAUCCUCAAGACCAAGGUCACCGACAUUGAAACCUUCAAGAAGUCUUGCGACGAGUCCCGUGCCGGUGACAACUCUGGUCUCCUUCUCCGUGGUAUCCGCCGUGAGGACGUCAAGCGUGGUAUGGUCGUCGCCGCUCCCGGCAGCGCCCGUGCCCACGACAAGUUCAUGGUCUCCAUGUACGUCCUGACCGAGGCUGAAGGUGGCCGUCGCAGCGGGUUCGGUGUUCAGUACCGCCCCCAGUUGUACAUCCGCACUGCUGAUGAGGCUGCUGAGUUCAGCUUCCCCGACGGUGACGACUCCCGCCGCAUCAUGCCCGGUGACAACGUCGAGGUCAUUGUCAAGACCCUCCGCCCUCUCGCUGCCGAGGCUGGUCAGCGCUUCAACGUCCGUGAAGGUGGCCGCACGAUCGCCACUGGUCUGGUUACCCGUGUGUUGGAGAAAUAAACAGCCGGACCCCCGACUGGCUACCAUGUACUAUGAAUCAAAAUCUUGUCUGGGAAAUCUUAUAAUGUUUACACCAUCUUGCGGCGCGGGUAUCAGCGAAGGGGUGAAUCUGGGAACGCUGGAUCACUUGUGAUGGUGGGUUGUUCUGGAGUUUCGAGACAUAUCCAUGUAUCAUGUAUUGUAUUUGAAUUUUUUUUGUAGACUCGCUAUGCCUUCUCCUCUCUUCAGUUUCUGUGUCCAGAUGUCUAGGUCUGAAUAUAUGAACCGUUAUG